ACGGCGGGGCAGCGGCGGCAUGGCGGGCGGCGCGGCGACGGGCGAGGCGCAGUGCCUCAGCUACGCGGGGUGCAACUUCCUGCGGCAGCGGCUGGUGCUGUCCACGCUCAGCGGGCGGCCGCUGAAGAUCCGCAAGAUCCGUGCCAAGGAGGAGGACCCCGGCCUCCGCGAUUUUGAAGCAAGUUUUAUUCGCCUGAUUGACAAAGUGACCAACGGCUCUCGGAUUGAAAUAAACCAAACAGGUACUACCUUGUAUUAUCAGCCUGGACUUCUGCAUGGAGGCUCGUUGGAACAUGACUGCAGCCCCAGUCGUAGUAUUGGCUACUAUUUGGAAAGUCUGCUCUGCUUGGCACCUUUCAUGAAACAUCCAUUGAAGAUUGUCCUGAGGGGAGUAACAAACGAUCAAGUAGAUCCUUCGGUUGAUGUUCUUAAGGCAACAGCUCUACCCCUACUGAAGAAGUUUGGAAUUGAUGGUGAAAGUCUGGAAAUCAAGAUCAACCGUAGAGGAAUGCCUCCCAAAGGGGGUGGAGAGAUACUGUUUGCUUGCCCAGUGAGAAAGGUCUUGCAGCCUAUUCAGUUCACAGACCCUGGCAAAAUCAAGCGCAUCAGAGGAACUGCAUACUCUGUCAGAGUGUCACCACAGAUGGCAAACAGAAUGGUGGAAUCUGCAAGGAGCAUCCUGAAUAAAUUCCUCCCAGACAUUUAUAUCUACACAGAUCAUAUGAAGGGGGUCAGCUCUGGAAAAUCACCAGGUUUUGGCAUGUGCCUUACUGCAGAAACAAUCAAUGGCACUAUUCUCAGUGCUGAGCUAGCCUCAAACCCUCAGGGCCAGGGAGCAGCUGUGCUUCCCGAGGAACUUGGCCAGAAUUGUGCUAAGCUGUUGCUUGAGGAGGUCUACAGGGGAGGCUGUGUAGAUUCAACAAAUCAGAGCCUUGCUCUGCUCCUCAUGACCCUUGGACAACGGGAUGUUUCCAAAGUCCUGUUAGGACCUCUGUCUCCAUACACAACAGCCAGUCUCUGGAGAAACAGGAAGAAUUCCAGAGGAGGUUUUAGGUAAGACCCUUCUUAAAAUUGUUUGACCUUCACAUUCUGUGAAAAGUACUUACUGGGAGGAAAUGCUGCAGAUGGAAGCUGUUUGUGUAUCGGCAGAACAGCUAUUAAAACCUGUUUUGGUGGACUGAUCCCACAAGCAGUAAGAUCAGUUUUCGAGCUGGACAGAGGAAAUUAAUUUUUGAUGAAGACGAUUCGUACUCUUUGUAGCCACAGACUUUAUGGUAAGGAUGCUAGUUACUAGGAGAUGCAUCUUUCCUCUCAGUCCAUCGUGGCAGAUUUAAUACUCAGAUGACUUGAAUGUGCACUGAUUAGCUGUAUGAGAAUAAUCCUGUACUCUUUGAGCUACCCAUCAGCAAUUUAGGUAAUCCCUUUGGGUGAACAACUCUGAUAAUACCCUUCUGCUGUGAUUCGAAACUUUUCUGCUUACAGAAAUCUUUGAGGCUGGACCAUAAAGAGGUACAGUUGUGGGAGGGGACUAAUUAACAGAAGCAUUUUGUAAUGUGCCUUUUAAUUGCAAUAAUUUUAAUGUAUAGGGGGAGAGGGUGAAGAAUGCACAGAAAAAUAGUUUGGGGAGGAACUAAUUAGAACACCUCAUUAAAUGGAGAAUCUCUUCCUUUAAACUUGCCUAACAGGAAAGGCUGCUACAGUGGUGAUGUGGAAAGUAUUUGCAAAACGUGCCUUUACCUUGCACCCACUUUCAUUUUUGUAGUAUCUGUUGUCAAACUCUCUUCCAUUUCUAAGCUAUGAUGGUAACUUGACUGCACCUUCUGUGGUUAUGGAAAAUUCAUGUUAACUUGCUGUAGGACAGGUUCUGGAGUAGCAGAGAUUAUGCUGAAGGUGAAAUUGCUUCAGUCCAAGCCAAUGCACUUUACUGAAGGCAUAUGACUAGAAGCCAGUGCAAUAACUGCCUGGGGAAGCACACAGUAGGUAAGUUAGCUAGGCCAAAACAGUAAGUACAUGGCUGUCUCGGGUAAUGCUUUCAAAAUGGUGAUUAUGUUAGUGCCAGAGUGUAGGUACUGUCUCUCUUCUCCUUCCCCACAGGCGACAUUAUGAGUCAAGUGGAUUUUGUUUCAAGCCGCUGAGGCAUAACUCUGCUGCUUGCAAGCUCCAACAUUCACUUCCCCGUUUUUCAGUCAUGGUCUUGAGACACCAACAGGAGGAAAAAAAGACAAAGAAGAAAAGUACCAGCUUUCAGGAGGGCUAAUUUUGCCAAUGAGUUUCUUUCUCAUUUUCUGAUAUUGUAUGGUCAUCUCCACCCUUCUAUUGUGUAUGUCUGAUGAAAGCAUUUUCAUUUAGUCUAGAUCCUAGGGGAUACCAAGUGAGACAUGCAACUGUGUCAGGGCAACUCUAAAUAAAAAAAAAAAGUGGAAGGGGCAUCUUCUACAGUUACUGCUUAGGUCUUGGUAAGCUCUGUCUUAAAAGAUCAUUCUUGGUGGGAUAUGUACAGUUUUCCUUGUGUCUGAUACAGGAGCAGCACUGACAAGCUCUGAAGAACACCUAUUACCUGUUGUCAGUGGGAGGGGUAAAAGACAGAAAGUCCUGCAGGGAAGAGAGUGCGGGGGUUGAACUCUGUGGUGACAGCAUUGUUUGUGUAAUGACCGUAAGUCAUGCACUGCAUCAGAGCAUCGCUGUGUCCAAAUAGCACUUGUGCUAGAUAAAGUUGUGACAUUGUUGUAAGACAGAUUUGUUAGGAUGAUUUGUAGUAUACCUGUAGCAAUAGAUGUUAGGGGUGAGUGCUAAUCUCUUUCCUGGAACAGUAAGAUUAUUAUAUAUACACACCAAGAAGAGUGCCCAGACUUACAUUCCCUGUGUACUACAGGGUAUAGAAACAACGGUGCUUGUGGAGGUAGCAAUAAGGAGACCCACAGAGAAAAUGUUUUGUUAUAGACUGGUAUCAUUGAAGGAUAUAACCACAAGAAAACGAUGUCCAAAAGCAACUUUUUACAUCAGGAUGAACGGUGGCCAGGAGCCCACAGAAGUGAAGUGGCCAGGAGCCUGCCACUGCUGGCAACCCCUCUGCACACCUGUGCAGAUGUUGAGGGGGAGCCCUUUGUGCACACCAGGGGUAGACUGGUGUCUUUGUACAUUUGCCUUCAUGCUGUAUGUCUGCCAGAUGGUCCACGCUCACCCCACUCUUCUCUGUAUUGGUUUGGCCACACUUCACUGGCAGCAGCAUCCCCUGUACUGUUCACACAACAAACAUCAGUGCUCCUUUAACAGUGAGCCCAUGGUGAAAAUCUGUAGGGUCCUUGUGGAGACUGAUUCAUGUGAGGUACCUGGUGCUUAAUGAUGGAUGAGCUAGUAGGAUUAAGGGUUUGAUUCCAGUGAUGAUCACUACAUGUCUGUGACACAUCCCAUUAUACAAAAUGUCAUGGGCUCAGUAGGGCACCCUUGUUUGCAGGCUGCAUCGAAAGUCACACCAUUUGAGAACAAAUGUCUUACUCCUUCUUACCUUGCAUCUAACUGGCAACCACUCUGCUCCCUGAAAGUUACUUACACCUUUUCCAAUUAUCAGCUGUCUCCACGGAUAAGGAAAAAAGUUGCUUUAGCCAGUGAUGAAUGUAGAUAUAAUCUGUAAGGUAGGACUGUGGUUCUGAAUGGGCAUUCCUCAGCACCAUCAGGGAAGACAAUUCUCUUCCAUGUGUCUGGAAAUGUAGUUUUGAUGAGUUAUAAACUACUACACAUCUGCAAGCUGGAUCUAGAUCAAAAUAUGCAUAAGUUUUGAUUAUUUAUUCUCUUUUUUUUUUAACAUCACCAAAGUGAGAAAAAAGGGGGGGGUGACCCUUACAGUUUGUGUGUCAGCAUUCAGAAGGUGCCCAAUUCAGUAAGGCUUCGUAAGAGAUUUGUUUAAGUAUGUGUAUAUAGAAACACAUCUACAGAUUCAGAAUGUGUCUGCAGAAAAGGGUUUCUACCGCAUAAUGUUUCUGAGCACUGAAUGUAAAAAUCCACUUCAUAAUUCACACCACAAGUGUAUUAGCCACUAUUUUCACUUUGUUCUUUGUGACUUAAAUAACGUAUGUAAUGUACUUUUGAAGAAAAGAUCCACAAUAAAUCAGGGCUAAAUAAGACAGCCUAGAAAACGUUAUACCCAUUUCUUUUGGAAAUGUGUUUGUCGGGUUGUUAAUAAAAAUACUGUUUCUUCA